UUCUUCAUAUCAUAUGAAUCAGAGUCAAUUUCCAUUUUCAUGAUCGCUUCAAGUCUUCGAUCUUCAAUGGAGAUUCACAGGACUCUUGGUUUCUCUCUCUUCAUUUCUCUCUCUCUCUUCCACCUCUCAAUCGCCUCAUCUUUCUCUCCCAUCGAUCACUACCUCAUCGACUGUGGGUCUUCCAAACCCACCACCGUCAACAUCGAUAACCGACGAUUCACCGGCGAUUCGUCCGAGUUAGGAUCACAAUUUUUGUCUUCAACUCGAACGAUCUCACUGACAGACUCGAACCCAUCACCCAGUUCUUCCCCAAUCUACCACACGGCUAGGGUUUUCACAAGACCUUCGAAAUAUUUGUUCAAGAUCAGAGACAAAGGGACCCACUUGGUACGUCUUCAUUUCCACCGAAUCGAUUCUUCUAAUUUCGAUCUCUGCGAUUCUCAAUUUCAUGUUUCGGCAAAUGGGUAUGUAUUGUUGAACAAUUUUACUGUUAUGAACAUACAAAAACCUAGAAUUAAGGAUUUUAUGAUUUGGGUCGAUUCUGAAGAACUUAUCGUUACAUUCACUCCAUCGAAAGAGUCGAAAUUUGCAUUUGUAAACGCGAUUGAAGUGAUUUCUGCUCCGAAAGAUUUGAUUGCUGAUGUAGCUAUGUUAGUGAAUUCUCAGAAAACUGUGACAAUCAAUGGGUUGAUGAAGAAUUCGCUUGAAACUGUUUAUAGGGUUACUGUAGGAGGGCCAAAAGUGACACCUUUCAAUGAUUCUUUGUGGAGGACUUGGGUCCCUGAUGAGGAGUUCUUGAAAUCGAGUGAUGGGUCAAAGAGCAUUUACUUUAGUGGUCGAAUUAGGUAUCAAAUGGGAGGGGCAAGCCGAGAAGUUGGUCCGGAUAAUGUGUACAAUUCUGCUAGAGUGAUUAGUAGUUCGAAUGAUGUGAUUCCCCAUUUGAAUAUUUCAUGGGAAUUUCCUGUGGUUGGUGGCUAUAAGUACCUAGUUCGGAUGCAUUUCUGUGAUAUUGCUAGCGUUUCGCUCGGUUUGCUUAAAUUUAAUGUGUAUGUAAAUGGGAAUUCAGCAUAUGAAAAUUUGGACCUUUCAGCCAUAACAAAUUGGGCGUUGGCUUCUCCUUUCUACGCUGAUUUCGUAGUUGAUAUGGAGAGCUCGGGGGUUUUGACUGUAAGUGUAGGACCUUCGAAGAUGAGCAUGCCACACACCAUUGAUGCUAUUCUCAAUGGUGUUGAGAUCAUGAAAAUGAAUAACUCAAUGGGUAGUCUUGAUGGAUUGGUCUGCGUGGAGUCAAUUUUGAAGAGUUGGCCGAGAAGAAAUGCUGGUGCUGUGGUUCCUUUGAUUGCAGCCGUGUGUUUAUUGGUAAUUGCAUCAUUCGUCAUGCAUAGGAGAUGGGUUGGUGUCAGGGAUUCGGUGGCAUGGUCACCAUUACCUAUGCAUGUCUCUGAAAUUAGUUUGAAGAGUGGGAUUCAACGGUCAUUAGCUAAAGUGUGAAUAUCUAAACAAAUGAUGCGUUCUUGAAAGAUAUAACAUGGGCACGUUGUACGAAGGAUGCUAUAUAUAACUUUUGUACUUCCAGUGACUGAAGAUUUUGGUGAUGAUGAUUUGAAGCCUCUGAAGAUGUUUGGACACCCUGUUGCUUUUUCAUAUUGUAAGUAGUUUGUACUAAUAGCUUUCAGUUUGAUCUGCAAAUACUGUUUUGCAUUUCUUAUUGUUGUUAUGGUUGUUAUCUACUUUUAUUUGUUUCUGAAUAUUUAUAGUUAGGUUCAUAUCAUUACUGUUGUUUGCCUUGUUUUUAUCUGUUUCUGUUUGGUGCAUUAUAGCAAGUGUAAGUAUUCCUUGGCUGAAUUCGUAUUAUUAUUUUAAGUAAUGCAAAUGUUGGGUAUCCAAAGCUUCUUCCUAA